UCACUAGAAAUGUGUGCUGUGGAAAACAAGUGCAGCCUCUCGAGGAAAGUGAAAGGGGUUACACUAACUUCAGUGAAUUUCGAUCCGGUAAUGACUAGUAAAACUUAAAAAAUCCUGGCUUUUACACCGAAGGGUUUUUAACUGACUAAUGAACAACGGGCACAGCCACAGUUUGGUGCAAAGGACGCCUUCUGUUGAUCUCGGGAAACUUUAUAUGGGGCCUGGGAGGAGGCAGGGCCAGAGCAAAGACACAGACCUCGAGUGCACCAUUGGCUGCUGCUGUGUCCGUGUGAAUUAUAAGUACAUGUUAGUUUUUCUCUUCUUAUGUCUUAGGUAUUGUGACGUGAUUUUGGUUUGAAGCUGUGAUUCCAACACUUAAGUGACACUGGGACUACACGGUUUCUUUAUGGAUCAAGCAAUUCUUCUCAUGCUUUUAUUAAAAUACUUAUUUAAGGGUUCAGAGAGUCUGGACUGUGGCCAAAUGAAAAAGCCUGCUAGAGCAAUUUUGAUGGAGUGGGCUGAAUUGCCCAAAGGAGAGGAUCCAGACUAUUACAUUGUAACAUACCAGCCAGCAGAUGCUUUCAGUCAAAAAAAUGUAAGAAACAUUUCUAAAGUUGAGCAGAAACUUGUCAGUACUACAAUUCUGCUUGAGGAAAAUAAGACGUAUGAUAUUAAAGUACAAGCCCUAAAAAAUGGCCGAAUCUUAAGUGUAAAAUCAUUUAAGACACGUGGGAUUUCAGAAAAUGACAUGAAAACAUCUGUGACAGCAACUACAGUGUCUUUUAACUGGAGUACAGUGGCCAAGGAAUUUUCAGUUUCAGUUUCACUGAAUGAUACUUCUCAGAUUAUAAAAAGCCACAGAGGAUUCUUUGUAUGGAGUAAUUUGACACCUGCCACCUUGUAUACGUUUAAGUUUAAUUUUGAACAACUACAUCUUGAAUUUAUGAAUAUGUCUCAGUCACUGGAUGUUCAAGUUGAAACAGGCACGUGUUCCCAAGGGUGGGUGGCAUUCCAAAGCAGCUGCUAUCGAAUGAGUAAGGAGAGCAAGACGUGGAAGGUGGCACAACAAAUCUGUGAAAUGUCUUCGCGAGGGGCACAUCUUCUUGACAUAGGGAGUGAAGAAGAACAUGGUUUUAUUAUGUCUUAUCUCCAGACAGUUAGUCAAAUAAUCAUGUUAUGGAUGGGCCUUAAUGACCUAAGGGAGGAAGGUCGGCUCAUGUGGACAGAUGGAUCUCCUUAUCUUCUAAAGGCUGGUGUGUCAACUUUGUCAAUGAUACCAGAAAACGAAACUGACUGCUAUGCCCUUCAGAGAGAUCCCACUGGUCCAGGCUAUUUCUUCACGGGAUUUUUCUGCUAUAUACCACUACCAUAUAUUUGUGAAUAUGAAUUACCUCUGAUACCAGAAAACUUCACAUUUAGUGUGCGUGAUGUCACGGCAACUGAAGUUGUAUUUAUGUGGAGUGAUAUGGGCAUGUGGCUUAAGCCAGACUUUGCACUUGUAAUGAAGUACUAUUUUGAUCAGAGGAAACCAUACAUUCUGAACUUGCCUGUGAAUACAACUCAAACAAAAAUUGUGCAAUUGUCUCCUGGCCUUCACUAUAGUUUUUUAUUAGCAGCAAGGAACCCAAAAGGGGUGCAGACUAUUUUAAGUCCAAUUCUGAAGGUAGAAACAAGACCAUUGCACUCCCAGAAGCUGGAGGCUACGUAUGUUUCAUCUGCAGAAAUACAUUUAAAGUGGAAGCCUCCACAGCAUUCAUCCAGUGCUUCUUUUCAUUACUACCUCAUCAACAUUUUGGAUACUGAAACCAACAUCUGGGAAGAGUUACCAGUUGAAAAAAGCAAGACUUCAAUAGUAAUAGGAAAUGUAAAACCUUAUCAUCAGUAUCAAGUAUAUUUACAGAAUGUGGCAGAGAAAGGAACUCUAAGCUGCCAUGAGAAGCCUAUAUUAAUCACAACAGCUGUCAGUCCACCUACAGCUGUUUAUAUUCACCCAGAGGAUGUCCAGGAAGAGAGUGUAAUCAUUCACUGGAAGCUGCCACAAGAGGGUCAGGAAUCCUACAUUGAAAUGAAACCCAGUGCAGACAUAGGUGAAACUAAGAAGUUUUUAUUAAACAAUAUAGAAGAAUUGAAGGUUGAUCUCCUAAUUCCUGGAAUGACUUAUGAAAUAGCAGUUGCAAGUGUAAACAAUGGAAAUAUGAGUGAACCGAAGACCAUUCAAUGCACUUUAAAGCCCAAGCCUGUUCAAAUUGUAGUUCCUUACAUACUUUAUAGCAAUGCUGUGGUAUUAUUUGUUCGCAUGCCUGAUACUGGAGUAUUUGAUGGCGUGUAUGUUACAAGUAAAGGAGGACCUAAUGUGACAUUCAUUUUAAAAAGUGAUAGUAAAAUAACAAUUGAAAACCUUACUGCAGGAACAGAAUACGAUUUCUGUGUCUCCACAAAGAGUGGAAAAAAGCUGAGCUCCUUUUACCAUGUAUCUGGUGUAAAAACAUGUCUGGCAGCUCCACUCAAUGUGCGAGAAGGUAAUGUCACAGACACUUCGAUACAGAUUGCUUGGGACCGUGCUGAUGGAGAUUUUCAGCAAUAUGAAGUUACAUGUACAAAUUGUGCAAGUUCUUUCAGGUUCCAGAAGGUCAAGCAAGAAACAGCAACGUUUUCUAACCUUACUCCUGGCAAGCUGUACAACUUUACAAUUCGAACAGAAAAGGAAGGUUUCAGAGACAGUAUUUUUGUGACAAAGGAAAUAGAGACAGAACCAAGCGCAGUUAAAUAUCUGAACUAUAGCAGAGACUCUGAAUCAAUAACUGUUACCUGGCCACCAGCCCAAAAUACAUUUGAUGGCUAUGUUCUUUCAAUAAACAGUAAGGUCUUCAAUGAGGAGAGGAUGUUACCUUCCAGUGUAAGAAUGUACAAAUUUGGGAGUCUUCUGCCUGGCACUGAUUUCCUAAUCAGUAUUGUGACAACCAAUGGAUUAAAAAGAAGUCACCCAACCAUCAUCAAGAUUAGUACCUAUCCUGAUCCACCUUCAGAUUUACAGGUGUUUGGGCAAGAAGAAAAUGCAGUCUAUGUUUCUUGGAAACUACCAAGAGGAGGAUUUGAUAUGUUUCAGCUUUCAUAUUGUUUGAUGAGUAACGAAAAGCUGCUUACCAGAACUGUUUAUGACAGCAGAGCUGCAGUGAAAAACCUGACCCCUGGUACAGAAUACCUUUUUCAGUUAAGGACAGUUAGAGGCUUGGAUUCCUCUGUGGCUGUGGAGAAAAAAGUCAUCACAAAACCAGCUGGGAUAUGCGGUUUGAAAUUAAAAAUGGUAAAUACUUCCUCUGCCACUUUAAUGUGGAAUCCAGGCAAGACUAACUUCACAUCUUACAAAGCAUCUUUAUCAAACAACACCUUUAUAAAAAAGCUCAGGAUUCCAGGAGAACUGACUGACUUCAGUGUUACAGACCUGACUGCUGGGGGCAUUUAUAAUUUCACACUGCAAAGACUAAGAGGAAAUAUUGAAGGAGCUUCUGCUUCCAUGGAGAUUGUGACAGAACCUGCAGAGCCAGAAGGACUUAAAUUCUUCAAUGUUUCAUCAUAUUCUUUUUCACUGUAUUGGAGACUACCAUAUGGACAUGUAGACAGAUUUCACGUGGCUCUUAUUCCUGAUGAUGGUUCUGUUGUUAUCCUAGAUCUUGGAGUUAGGGAGUAUCAAGCUGAUUUUUCUAAUACUGUUCCUGGAACAACAUACAAUGUUACAGUUUCUACAGUUUCUUCUUCACUCUACAGUUCACCUGCAAGUAGAACAGUGACAACAAAUGUGACAAAUCCUGGGCCACCUGUAUUCCUUGCAGGUGAAAGAGUGGGCUCUGCUGGGAUUCUGCUGUCAUGGAAUACGCCACUGCAUCCAAAUGGGAGAAUUCUCUCCUAUAUCGUUAAAUAUAAAGAGGUCUGCCCAUGGAUGCAAACAGCUUAUACACAAGUCACAACAAAGCCAGAUAGUUUGGAAGUUCUUCUUACCAGUCUUAACCCUGGAACAACUUAUGAAAUUACGGUUGCUGCUGAGAACAGUGCUGGUGUUGGAGUAUUUAGCGAUCCUUUUCUUUUUCAGACUGCAGAAAGUGCUCCAGGUAAAGUAGUGAAUCUCACAGUUGAAGCCUUAAAUUAUUCAGCUGUAAAUCUGAUCUGGUUUCUCCCUCGGCAACCAAAUGGAAAGAUAACUAGUUUCAAGAUUAGUGUGAAACAUGCAAGAAGUGGAAUUGUAGUGAAAGAUGUCUUGGUUAAAGUAGAGGACCUUCUGUCUGGGAGGUUACCAGAAUGUAAUGAUAACAGUGAAUCAUUUUUGUGGAGUAGUACUACUCCUUCAACUACUUUUGGCAAAUCCACGAUUCCUUCACGGACUACAGUUACACCAAGUAGAGAGUCACCAAAUCAAAUGAGCUCUGUUUGGAAUGAACCAAUUAGUUUUGUUAUAACUAACCUCAGACCAUAUACCACCUACCUUUUUGAAGUCUCUGCAGUUACCACUGAAGCAGGCUACAUUGACAGUGCAAUUGUCCGGACACCAGAAUCAGUUCCAGAAGAUCCACCACAAAAUAUUGCCAAGAGCAAUAUUACAGCAAAGUCUUUCUCAGUGAUGUGGGACCCACCAACCAUAGUAACAGGGAAGUUUAGUUACAGAGUUGAGCUGUAUGGACCAUUUGGUCAUAUUCUGGAUAACAGCACAAAAGAUCAUAAGUUUGUAUUUGGUAACCUUGCGCCGUUUACAACAUACAAUGUGUACAUCGGUGCGGAGACAAGUGCUGGGGUGGGCCCAAAGGCUAACUUUACAGUUUUCACUCCUGCAGAUGUCCCAGGUGCUGUAUCAGAUUUACAUCUAGCAGAAGUGGAGGCCACAUAUAUAAAAAUUGUUUGGAGGAAGCCACAACAACCAAAUGGAAUCAUUACCCAGUACAGAGUUAAGGUACACGUGCAGGAAACUGAGGUGACUCUGGAGAACACUAUCCUUGAAGGAAAAAAUAAGUAUUUGGUUGAUUCUUUGGAACCAUACAUGAUAAAUGAAAACAUCAAACCUUCUCCCACUUGGAGUUCAAUGGAAACAGCCAAUGAAUUAUAUGAAGGUUCAGCUGAAAUGUUUUCCAGCAUUCAGACAGCAUCCCCAGUCAUAUUUACAAGUGUAUCUGGUGAUAAUUUGCCAGCUAUAAAUGGAGCUGCAGAACUACAUUCUGUUUUGGAUAACAUUUUGACUGAAGAACUGUCAUAUAUUAUAAAAGACCUCAUACCUUUCACAGACUACACUAUCAGUGUGUCUGCUUUCACUGCUGUUGGAGAAGGACCGCCAUCAGUUCUUACGGUCAGGACACAUGAACAAGUUCCAAGCUCAGUACAAAAUAUAUCUUACAAGAAUAUUAGCUCCUCUUCUAUUUUGCUGUAUUGGGAUCCUCCAGCAAGUCCCAAUGGGAAGAUCAUUCAUUAUACUGUUUAUGCGAUGGAACUGGAUACAGAAAGAGCAUUCCACAUGACAACUUCAAACAACAGCUUACUUAUGACAGGUUUAAAAAAAUACACAAAUUACAAAAUGAGAGUCGCAGCCUCUACCACAAUUGGAGAAAGUGCUUUGUCUGAAGAGAAUGACGUUUUUGUGAGAACCCCUGAAGAUGAACCAGACUCCCCACCUCAAAAUGUAGAGUUAAUAAAUGUAACUGCAACAGAAAUAAAUCUGAGAUGGUUACCACCUGAGCAGCCUAAUGGUCUCAUAACUCACUAUGAAGUUCUGUAUAGUGAUUCCAAUGAUCUAUUUAUUAAAAACGCCUCAUUUACAAGUAUAUCACUAAGUGAAAUGAAGCCAUAUACCCGCUACAACAUCUCUGUAAGGGCAUUCACGAGACUUGGCCAUGGGAAUCAGUCAUCUUUCCCACUUCUAGUGAGAACUUCUGAAACUGUUCCUGAUUCUGCACCAGAAAACAUAACCUAUAGGAACAUCUCAUCCAUGGAAAUUGAAUUAUCAUUUUUUCCACCAUCUGUUCCCAAUGGAAUCAUACAGACCUACACAAUAUAUCUCAAGAGGACUAAUGGAACCGAGCAAAGAAUCAUAAACACUACUCUUCUGACACUACGUAUUACAGAUUUAAAGAAAUAUACAGAAUAUACUGUACAAGUGUCUGCUAGUACCGCAGUGGGGGAGGGCCUUUGUAGUUCACCUCUGCAUAUACUGACUGAUGAAGAUGCUCCGAGUUCUCCUCCAGAAUCCCUCUCCGUAAAACAGUUGUCGGGUGUCACUGUGAAGUUGUCAUGGAAACCUCCGCUGGAGCCAAAUGGAAUUAUCCUCUAUUACACAGUUUAUGUCUGGAAUAAGAUGUCAAAAAGGAGUGUUAAUGUAACAGAAACAUCACUGCAGUUCAUAGACCUGGAAUAUAACUAUGAGUAUAGUGCUUACCUAACAGCAAGUACAAGAUUUGGAGAUGGGAACAUAAAAAGUGAUACCAUAACAUUCAGAACUUCUGAGGGAGCACCAAGUGAUCCACCAAAAGACAUUGUGUACAGGAACCUUACUUCCACAUCAGUAAUGCUAUUCUGGUCUCCUCCUCAAAAGCCUAAUGGAAAUAUACUGUACUACUCAGUUUAUUUCAAAAAUAAUUCAGGAAUAUUCAUACAGAAUUUCACAAGUUAUGGUAACAACAGCAAUGACAGUAUGUCCCAGUCUGCAGUUCUGGAUGACUUGGCAAAAUACAGCCAUUAUACUCUAUGGUUAACUGCAAGCACAGCUUUUGGAGAUGGAAACAAAACCAGUGAAAUAAUAGAUGUGUAUACAGAUCAGGACAUCCCAGAUGGUUUUGUUGAAAAUCUGGUCUAUCAAAACAUUUCCUCAUCUUCUGUAAAUGUAAGCUGGCUUCCACCAUCCCAGCCAAAUGGCUUAGUCUUCUUUCAUGUUUCUCUAAGUUUAUUGCAACUGGGAACCAGUAAGGUAUUGUCUUUCGUUACUUACAACACAAGCAUCGUUUUUGACAAUCUGGAGAAAUAUAGUGAUUACAUUCUGAAAAUCACACCAGCCACUGAUAAAGGAUCUUCUGAACUGCAGGCUCUAAGUUUGCAUAUAAGAACUGAUGAAGAUGUUCCAGAAUCAGCACCUAUAAUCAAAACAUUUUCAAACCUCUCAACUACCUCAGUAAUGCUUUCAUGGGACCCUCCUGUUAAGCCAAGUGGUAUUAUAAUAAGUUAUGAUUUAAAUUUAUUUGGGCCAGAAAGAAAUAACUCAUUCUCUACCACCAAUAAUUUUAUCAUCUUGGAAGACCUUCUACCAUUCACAUUAUACAGCAUUUAUGCAGCUGCAAGAACAAUAAAAGGCCCUGGUCCUUAUGCCGUGCUUCAGUUUUACACAGAUGAGUCAGUGCCAUUAGCUCCACCCCAGAAUUUGACCAUUACCAACUACACUGCAGAUUCUGUGUGGCUAAAAUGGGAUCCAAGUCCCCAGGCAAAUGGUGUUAUUAUGAGCUAUAAUUUUAAGAUUUAUCAAAACAACACUGAAAAACUAUUUUAUCAGAACAUUUCAGGUUCAAACCAUGAGGCAAACCUUGUUGGAUUAGAACCAUUCAGCCCCUAUUUUAUCAGCAUCUCUGCAUUUACCAAGCUUGGGAAUGGCAAUCAGUUCAGUAAUGCUGUCCAAUUUACAACAAUGGAAUCAGUACCAGAUGCUGUCCAGAAUGUUCAUUGUAUUGCAACGAGUUGGCAAUCGAUCCUAGUGCAGUGGGACCCUCCUGCUUCAUCCAAGGGUGUAAUUACUCAUUACAUCAUAACAGUUGAAGGAAAUUCUACAAAUUUUUCAUUUUAUGAUACACUGCAUACUUUCAGAAAUCUGCCUUCCAAUAUUACCUAUCAAUUUAAAAUAAAAGCUGCAACAUCUGCUGGCGGUGGUGAAGAACAGGUCUGCAAUGCUACUACACUUCCAGAAAAAGUUCCUAGUCCUCCAAGGGAUAUUGUUUUUUCCAAUGUGCAAUCAACAAGUGUGACCUUGAAUUGGAGAUCACCAAAAUCUAUCCUUGGAUGCUUUCAAAACUACAAGAUUACCACACAGCUACAGUCCGUCCACUGCAGUGACUGGGAAACUAAGGAAUGUAUUGAAUAUGAAAUGCAUCAAUAUUUAUAUGAAAAUGUGGUGGAUGAUCAGAUAGAAGAGACAGUGUAUGGACUGAAAAAAUACAGAUGGUACAGAUUUGCAGUUGCCGCCAGUACAAAUGUUGGUUAUGGCAGUUCCUCACCUUGGAUUUCUACGCAAACACUUCCUGGCUCUCCAGACAGUCCUCCAGAAAAUGUGACUGUUUUAGCCACAUCUCCUCACAGUAUUAAUGUCACCUGGAAUGAACCUGUCAUCAUUACUGGACCAACAUGCUACCUCAUAGACAUUACCUCAGUAGAUAAUAACAAUUAUAAAGCUCAAUUUAUGAAGACAAAUGAUGAGAGUAAAGUCUUAGAAAUUUCUGAUUUAAAAGCAUUUACAAGAUAUUCUGUAGUAAUCAUAGCCUUUACGGGGGAUGUUAAUGCUGCACUCCUUGAAGGCAAGGCUAGUUCUCCAGUAAUUGUCUCCACUUUUGAAGCAGUGCCUGAAGAUCCACCUAACAAUGUAACAUUUCAGAAGAUACCAGAUGAAGUAACAAAGUUCCAAGUAACAUUUGUGCCACCAUCUGAACCAAAUGGAAAUAUUCAGGUGUAUCAAGCUAUGGUUUACAAUGAAGAUGACCCUGCUGCCAUCCAGAUCCACAACCUUAGUGUCAUUGAUAAAACAGAUCAGUCAGUCACUGCCAUGAUAGAAGGACUAAAGGGAGGACAUACCUAUAAUGUCAGCGUGUAUGCAAUUAAUGGUGCUGGUGCAGGGCCAAAAAUUCAAUUGAAAAUAACCAUGGAUAUCAAAGAACCACCACGACCUAAAAAGAAACCAGCACCAGUUUACGAUACCGAUGGGGCAUUACUAGUCACAGACACAACAAUGACGAUCAGAAUGCCGAUAUGUUAUUACAGUGAUGAUCAUGGCCCUAUCAAGAAGAUUCAAGUUCUUGUUGUGGAAGCCGGAGCUCAGCAUGAUGGGAAUGUUACUAAGUGGCAUGAUGCCUACUUCAACAGACCAAGGCCAUAUUUUACAAAUGAAGGCUUUCCAAACCCACCAUGUAUAGAAGGAAAAGAAGAUCUGAGUGGCAAAGAAGAGAUAUAUGUCAUAGGUGCUGAUACUACCUGUAUGAUACCAGGUAGUCAAGACAAAAUAUGUAAUGGCCCACUGAAACCAAGAAAGCAGUACCUAUUUAAGUUCAGAGCAACUAAUGUUAAAGGACAGUUUACAGAUUCUGACUAUUCUGACCCUGUCAAAACACUAGGUGAAGGAAUGUCAGGAAGAUCUAUAGAAGUUACCCUUGCUGUUACUUUGUGUAUACUUUCAGUUGUUCUUUUGAUGGCUGCAGUAUAUGCUUUUGCAAGAAUUCGGCAAAAAGCAAAAAGAAGGGAGGCAACAUACUCCCCACGAGAUGCCGAAAUUAUUGACACUAAGUUCAAACUGGAUCAGUUGAUCACAGUGGCAGACCUGGAGCUGAAGGAUGAGAGAUUUACACGAUACUCUUCAUUUUUCUUUAGACGCAAGGAGAUAUUUGUCAUCCACAGAUCAGAAGUUCAACAGCUUGAAAAGUUCAGUGAACCUAAACUCAGCGAAUGUUCAAUGCCAAUAAGCAAGAAAUCCUUUCUACAACAUGUUGAAGAGCUUUGCACGAGCAACAACCUAAAGUUUCAGGAAGAAUUUUUGGAACUUCCCAAGUUUCUUGAAGACCUUGCUUCAACUGAUGCUGAUCUGCCUUGGAACAGGUCUAAGAAUCGUUUCCCAAACAUAAAGCCAUAUAAUAACAACAGAGUAAAGCUGAUGCCUGAUGCUGGUAUUCCUGGAUCUGACUACAUUAAUGCCAGCUAUGUGUCUGGUUAUUUAUGUCCAAAUGAGUUUAUUGCAACUCAGGGACCAUUACCAGGAACAGUGGGUGAUUUCUGGAGAAUGGUGUGGGAGACAAGAGCAAAAACACUUGUGAUGCUUACACAAUGUUUUGAAAAAGGACGGAUAAGGUGUCAUCAGUACUGGCCAGAAGAUAAUAAGCCAGUGACUGUGUUUGGGGAUAUUGUGAUUACUAAAUUGAUGGAAGAUAUUCAGAUAGACUGGACUAUCAGAGAUCUAAAAAUUGAAAGGCAUGGAGACUGCAUGAUGGUGCGGCAGUGUAACUUCACUUCUUGGCCAGAACAUGGAGUCCCUGAAACUACUGCACCAAUUAUCCAUUUUGUAAAACUUAUCCGUGCAAGUCGAGCACAUGAUAAUACACCAAUGGUGGUUCACUGCAGUGCUGGUGUUGGAAGAACGGGUGUUUAUAUUGCACUUGACCAUUUAACCCAACAUGUAAAUGACCAUGAUUUUGUGGAUAUCUAUGGACUUGUAGCUGAGUUAAGAAGUGAAAGAAUGUGUAUGGUACAGAAUCUGGCACAAUAUAUAUUUUUGCAUCAAUGUGUAUUGGAUCUGUUGACAAUCAAGGGAAGUAGUCAGCCCAUAUAUUUUGUAAAUUAUUCAGCGCUGCAAAAGAUGGACUCUCUGGAUGCCAUGGAAGGUGAUGUGGAGCUUGAAUGGGAAGAAACUACCAUGUAAAUACUAAGACAACACAUUACAGAUGAUAGUAUGAUUUUAAAAGUCAAAUUCAUAUUUUUCUAAGCACAGGGGCCAAAGUGAAUUCCCCUAUUUUGAUGAUGAAAGCAACCACAGAUGACUGAAACAUCUUUUCAUCUAUCAAUGUGCCUUCAUAGAUAUGUGUUUUAUCCAGAUCACUGAGCAAUAAUGAUUUGCACUUUUGGUGUUAUAUGAAUAUUGCAUUCAGUAUGUAUUUAAAUAGAAAGUGUGUUUGAACAUACUCCUUUUUUCUGGUUAUCUUUGUAAAAUAAGAAAAAUGAGCCAAAUAUGAUGUAAAAAUUUCAUAUUCCCAUUGAACUUAUUUUGAUGUGAAUUUGCUGUGUUCUUUGUGGUUUGGUUGUAAGUAAAAGCUACAGUUCCUUGAAUCUUUCUUGCUAGAUCGCUUUCAGUGUUGUCAGCUCUUGCAGAUUAAUUCCAAUACCACCACAGUGAUCUUUACCUAACUGUGUGUUCUUGUGUUUUGAAUCUUUUUUUUACGAGUGGUAGCAUAUCAGCUCGUGAUCCUGAACAGCUGAAGAGUCACCUUCUGACAUGGGGAGGAUUAUUCAGCUUUUACAGAGCACACAGUAGCUCGUCAGGGACACUUGGGGCUAUUUAAGCUAUUUUAUAAUCAGCAGAUUGUGUUUUUUAAACAUACAAUGGUGAUUGCAUAUGUUCAGUGCUGAAGUUAGUAUUUUACAUUCCUGCUACUUUUUCAAGCAGAUAUAAAGUAAAACUAUAAAUUUAUUAUGUAUAUUACAAUUGUUCUAUUAGAUUGUCUUGAGUAAUAUCAAUAGAGUAAUAUCUAUCGGUAUUAGAUUGACUUGAGUAAUAGAACAUUUAUAAUUCAUUCACAUUUCUUAAAUAUAACACUGGUAUUUUAAAGGGUUACUCAAAAUGUAGUAGCCAUAUAUUUUAUAACACAGAGUUGUCAAGUUAAAAAGUUGUUGCUCCUUCCUCAGGUUUGGCAAAUCACUGUAGACACUGAAAAGUUUGGGAAUUAAUAUUUGGAGAUAUAAUUAAAAAAACCAUCUUCCACUCCCACUGACUAUCAUUAUCAGAACUAUAUCUGAAACAGGAAUGAGAGAAGUAGGAAGCUCUUAUUUGAAAAGCAAAGCAAAAAACUGGUAAAGUGGGAAGACUGGAGAGAUAAUUAAACUGUGCGCCCUGGUUUUACAUGGAAGUGACAGUAUUCAGUUGGUACUAUGGUGGGGCAGAAUUGGUUGCUAAGGAUUUCUCUGUGUAAAGAAAUGUGUCAUUUUGAUUAACACUAAAACUGUGACCUUAAUCUGAGAUGCAAAACAUAAUAGUAAAAGGACUUUGAAGUUGCCAUCUUAUAUUCUGUUUAGACAGUAGAAAUCCAUAGCUUUGUUGAGGCAUCAAGCUCAGGGAAGUCAGACAAACCUCUUUUUAGAACCUUGGAGGAUAUGUGUCUGUAGGUGUGUUUGUGUGUGCACACUCUGAACAGGAUAGUAACAAAACUUGCCAUCUCUUAGCUGUAGCUCCCAGACAGAAAUGCUAUACAGUAUGUAACAUGACACUUUUCGUAAGUAGAUAAUGUAGUGUUUGAUGUCUUUUGAGAAGCUGGCAAGGAUGGCGCAGUGAGGACCCUUUGUAAUGUAGUAGAAAGUGCCAAAUACCUAAAAUGAAAAUCAAAAGACAGCAUUUAAGGAGAUGAUAGAAAUGGUCUGCAGAGAUAUUUUGGGCAACCUGUCUUUCAGGAAGACUGACAGUAUUGUAAACAUCACCAGUCAAGCUAAAAAGAAACCAAUGCCUUUAAAGCUGGAAUGGAGGGAGGAAGAGGUGGUGCCACAGCUGUUCAAGUCUCUGGCAAAGCAUUCGGUGCAGCUCUAGUUUCAUUUGGUUCCUAUGAAACAUGUGUUCUUCAUUUAUGUAUACAUGCACUUUAAAGUAUCUGACAAAUUGCUUAUAGGGACUUACAGAUGUUUUCAUGAUUUGUAUUUGUACUUGGUAGCAGUACAUGCAGCAGUGUGCGUAAAUUGACGUUAUAGAGUCAUAAUCUUGUAUAAUCUUAUAUCCACAAUGGCGGGAUAUCUGUAUGUGGUCAUUUCCCCUUUCACUGAAGGAGAAAGCUAAGAAGCCUUAUGCAGCUUACAGAUGAACUCCAGAAGUUCCGAGUGUGCUUCAGUGUUUUAUAAAUACUUAAUGAUGAAGAUUCCUACAUCCUCCUUUAGGGACCUGCCUGUGGUCAAACACUACAUUCAGUAGCAUGCUUGUCUGACAACUUAGUAAGAUACUAGAAAAUGUGACUCUCAUUUCUGUAGAGGAAAAGUAAAAAAAAAAAAAAAAAAAAAAAGAAAUUCAAAUAGUUUUAUUAUACAAUUUGAUGUAAAGCAAUCUGAUACAUGCUACCUUGACACAUUUUGUAUUGUCUUUAGGGUAAAAGCAAAUAUUCAGCAUAAACUGGCCACAACUCGUAAAAUACAUGGUCAGGAAAGAACUAUCUCCAAGCAAUUCUCUCCAAAACCUGAUUUUCAGUCUAAAUACAGCAGUAGUUCACUGACCUUCUUGUGUGCCUGCCAGUGGUUUACAGGGAUAGGGAUUGUAUAUCAGGAGAUCCCCCAGAUCACUGUUCAGUCGUGAAGAAAGAAUUUUUCACAUAGUCUUUUAUCUUCCAGCCCUCCUUCACUUAUGCAAUGACACCUGUAGUGUGCUACUGACAGAACUGAAGAGCCAGAGACAAGCAGAAUUUGUCCAAUUGCUAUCUAAAGAAUUAAUAUAUAUAAAAGCAGCACCACCAUUUUGUUUUAAUGGUGCCACUUACUUUUCUACAGAUUCUUGGUGCUACUAAGAUAGCAAGAGUGUACUCUACAAAAUUAGAAACUGAAUGAACAAAAACUGGAGGAUAAUACACAGAUUCUAUAGGAUUAUUACAAUUGUAUUGGAAUUAGGUCAUACUGUAUUAAAUUAUUCAGGCAAUUUCUAUAGAGCUGAUAUAUCUCCAUACGUAGAAGAAACAGUCAUAGAAUCAUAGAAUCAUAGAAUCAUAGAAUGGUUGGGGUUGGGAAGGACCUUAAGAUCAUCUAGUUCCAACCCCCCGCCAUGAGAAGGGACACCUCACACCAGACCAUAUAGCAGAACAUUCAUCAUCAUGUUGAAUUUAAAACGCUUUUUUAUACUGUUAGAGGAGUUGAUAAAUAUACUUAUGCAUUCAAACUUGUGCUUUUUACUGUAUAUACAGAGCUAUUCAGUAAUUAAAUUUCAAACAUUUUUGUGAAAGAUAGAUUAAUAAUGUUGUAAUUAAUCUCUGUAACAUCAUCUGUGUGCUGCUGCCAUACAAAGUAUGCUCAUAUGCAGUUACUAAGACAAAGCAGCAAAGAAUGAAUCAAUCAUAUUUCAUCCUGAGGUACAUGGCAGCAAGCUUUCCUGGUUACAUACAGAAAUGACAAAGGCCUUCUAGAUGUGGACAUGAAUUUGUAGAGAUUCAGGACACAAAAGCCCCUUGAGGUCUGUGGCCAGAAGAGAUUUUUUCUGAAAAUGUUUGGACAGCAAGUUAAAAUUAAACUCUAAACGUUAACCUGUUUCAGAGUAUGUAUUACAUGUGUAUUAAGCAUUACACAAGAUUAUUGUCUAACCAUGGAAAUAAACAAUAAAAAUAGAUAAGAUCCCAAAUUAAUUUUUGUUUUCAGAACUAUGAAAACUACCCAGUUAGCUCUGUGUUUUAGGGGAUAACACAUGUGGUAAAAAUGAAUUCAAGGUUGUUUUACAAGUAAGUUACGUGCCCAGUCAGUGCUGCAAAACCUGCAAUGCAUUGAGUGCAUAGACUGUAACUGGAAAUCAUUGGCACAUGGGGUUGGAUACGUCUUGCCAGUUUUGAUUUUAAGGAAAUGAGUUACAGAAAACGUACUGAAAGUGAGUCACUGUUUCAACACUUUUCCGUGACUGUUUGGCUCACCCACUCCGUGUAUGGUGUUGAAAAGACAAGUCCACCCAACACUGUUUUCCAUUUUAUUCUGUUUCCUAAUGCUGUAUUGCUUGUCUAUAUGUGACUGUAUUAGAAGGAAUUGUAAACAGUAAUAUGGAUCAUCUGAAUUCAAAUCCUGCAGGCAUGACCUACAUGCAUACAUCACUCUUGAGUAAGGUGUGUAGUGGUCUACAAAACCUUCCCUCUAUCCCUUUCCCUAUGAGUUGGUUUCCAGAUGUCAUCACAGAGUAUCAGCUGCAUUUCUGCACUGGCUUUUGCCCCGAAUACAUUUUCUGCCCUAUCCUCUCUGUGGCUGUGGUUACGAGGUAUGAGACAAGUGCAAACCAACUUUCGUGCUGAUCUCAGAGCUGAACUGUGCUAUCAGUUGCAUGUCUUUGCAGCCUUGACACUGUAUACAAUUGUAAGGAUAAACUGGUUUCAUAUCCAGAAGUUCCCCCUACUGCUAUGAUAAAUCCUGAUACAAAUUGUAGCACUGGUCAUUGUUCAGUGUCAGUUGAAGACAGCAAGAUUAAUCCAAUGUUUGGUAUUUUGCAUGGUGAGUCUCUUUUCCCAAUAAUUUUUCCCAAAUUGAUGCUGAACUAACUAAUGUAUUUUAAUUAUUUAUUCUUACAGUUCCCUUAUCAAGUAGGUUCUUUCUCAGAUUCCAUUAUGGAAGGAAAACUGAAAAUCAGUGGUUUUUCAGCGCAGAAUGACAAUGUCCAUGAUACGUUUCACAGAUCCGACAUCAUCAGGCAAAGUUUGCAUGAAGUUGUGUCUCCGUAAUUCAGCUGAAAAACAACGUUUAUAAGGUUUCAGUUAUAUUUGGUUCAUCUUACUCUGCUUGUUGAUUGGUGUUACCAGGGUGAUCUUUUUGUAGGAUGACAGCUGCACCCAGUUAUCCACUGUAAUCAUGAAUAAACCAUUCCAGCACUCUUUACAGUCAAUAAUGAGCUGAAGGAAGUUUUACAAGGAUGUUUUACAGGAGAUGGAAUUCUGAAUGAUAUAAAAAGAAUACUUGGAUACUGGAAACCUAAUAUACAAUGAAAGCUCCACCAUUCACAGUUGCAUUCCCUGAAGUCUGCUGAGCAGGAAGUGUGUCCUGAAAUGCGCAAAGCAUACUCGAGACAACAUCACACAACCUAUGAGUUGAGUACUGCAAGAUACAGGGCACUCUUGCAGGAUCGCACUUCAAUCAGCUUCACUGUCACAUGUCCCUACCUCACUUGAAAAACACUGAUUAUGACAGCUGGCAACAUCCUUUGUGGUUCAAUUUAGUGCUAGGAAACAAAGGACUCUAUUUAGUCCAUUCUUUCACUAACCUUUAAUAUAUAAACAAAUAUUUUGACACCACAAAUGUAAAAAUGGGCAGACAGUAUAGACAGAGAUGAGGAUUUUUUUCCACUAAUGGAGGCAUAAACAGAAAAGUAACUAAACCUGUAUGUCCCUGUCUCUCCCUCAGUCUGCUGUCUGCAUGUGCUCACCAGUUGAGGAUAACUGCAGAUAAAUAAAAUUCAUCCUCUUUUAAUUUGAUUAAUACAUUGGUAAUCCCUUUCUCGGAAUCCAGCAUGUAACACUUACAGAACUGUGCCUUUUCAUUUAUCAGUCUUCUGCUGGAUUCACGGUAGCUCCAUUUAACUAUUUUUCUUACAGAAUUCUACUAGUUCUCUGUCAGUAUAACAGAGACAAUACACAUAGAAUCAAUCUCGGCUUGUGUAUUGUGCACAGAAUUCUUAAUGACCUGCAAUAACACAAUACCACACCCCAGGCAUGGGCAAAGAAUUGACCUGAGGGACUGGCUGCCUAGCAUGAAAUCUUGCUCCCUUCUGAGGACAGGAUAGUUAUCUGACAAGGCCCUGUCUGGGUCCGCGGUCAAGGGUCUAGAAAAUGUUCCUAAAACCGACUGACAUACUAGAUGGAUGGUUUUAACCUGAACCUUUCUCUGCCAAGGAUAGAAAGAAAAUUCAGGCCAGCAUUGCCAUCAUUGUGAAUGACUCAUAUUUGCUGCUUAAGACACUAAGAAGCAAAACCUCAUGUUCAAUUGGCAUUAAUAGUGCCUUACACUUACAAAGGCAUACUACCUUUAUCAUAGUUGACAUUUAAAGUUUUUGACACAUUCCUCUCCUUUAUAUCUUGUGGGGCUUUUUUCUCUUUUAGACUGGGAAUUUUGGAAUAUAUUGACUUUUGAAUAGUUACAGGUUGUCUUAGAAAAAUACUGAGCUGUCUUGUUAGAACAGCCAUAAGGAGGACGUUUUGAUAAAAAUAUUCUAUAAUAAUGUCCAUAUUGUUUGCAAUUUCUCAUAUAUAUGCCUACUUCUUGUGGUGUGGCCAUUAUUGUAAGAACACGUCUACUGAAUGUACUGUACUCUAAGAAUGUGACUGGCUGCUCAAGAAGGCAGAUGUAUUUGUCACUUCUUGAUUUUCCCAUUCUUUUUGCCCUACCAAUUCUUCUUAUCCUUUACUGGCACUCCUAAGCAGGUUUUGGGGGACAUACCAAUUUGCUGGUUAAUGGAGAUUAAUUGUGUCAGCUAUACCAAAUCUGCACAGAAUUUAAUGAGGCAAAACAUUCCUCUCCUGCACACUGGUGUGCUCCCUCUGGAACAGAAGGGAUCCCUGACGUUGCUGCCAGAGCCAACUGGCAGUCAGAGAAAGAUGGUCCUGUGCUAGUGUGGGAGAAAAGCUGGUGCUUAGUUCCAAGUUUUCACAGACAUUGCAUGUCUGAAACAAAUCACUUAAUUUCUGUGUAUCUCAACUCCCUAAGCAAGCAAGCAGGCAAGAAACUUGUAUUAAACCUUUUUUUCCUAAUAUUAUGUGUCCUAUCUAUUUGGAAGGUCUGUGAGGAAAGCACUGUCUCCCAAAAUGCCUUUUCACACCUCCUAUCACAACUAAGAAACACUGUCAAAGUAAUAAAUUCUUCUCCUAUAACCUCAUCCCAAAACAAAAGAAAUGGCCAAUAGAUUGUCAGAGCCACUGUGGGCACCAUCACUCCCACACAAUGCACAUGCUUUAGUUUGCCUUCACAUUCCUUCAGUUUCUCUCAUCCUGAUAAUAAAGAACUAGUGGUAGUCAAGGCUUCAAUAUGGAAGGCAUUAGCUAAGAGAACAUUUGCAGAGAGCUAAUGUCAUCUUUCUAGAAGGUUCCAAAUGAGCACCCCAGGAGCACAGCAGGUACAUGUCACAAAAGGCACCUUCCUGCUUAUCUAGCCUUUGGGAAAAAAUCUGCUUGUCUGUGUGGUCUGGAAUAACAGAAAAAUGACAAGAAUUAACUUACUUAAGAUGCCAGUGUUUUUCUAAACUUGUGAUUGCUGUUAAGAUAUCACAUCCACGCAUCUUUAUCACACACACAUGCACAAGCAGAUACUCAACUCUUGACAGUAAAGGCACAUCUAAAUUGGUCAGGUCAGGUGUGACUAACUUGCUCCAGGUUAGCAAAGGGAAGUAUGACUCGGAUUAAUAGUCAUGACCAUUAAGUCUUGAUAUAUACAGAAGUAAUUGAUUCUGAUUUAAAAACAAAAAGAACUGCAACGAGUAAGGCUGAAGCUUUCAUUUUUUGAAUAUGGACUGGAACAAGUGGCGAGUUGCUCUGACAGAACUGUGAAACACUUUGGGCAAUCAUUAUGUGGUUCUCCAAAAUCGGGAAAAAUGUUUCAGCAGGGUCUUGUAAGGAGACUUUGUGAAAAUAUAAAAAUUGCUACAACAGCUGAAAGAAGGAGAAUGCUGCCAUUGAGAGAAAACUAAUGAAACAAGUGUCAAAAUGGACAGUUGGUGUCAAUUCCAGAAGGAUUUAAACUUAGACUUGAGCUUGAAGAUACCAUGGAGCCAAUGGUUAAUGGAGCCAAUAUCUGUAUGGAAAAGAACCUUGUACUUAACAAAAAAUCCAUUGUGAACAAAACUGCUUGACCCAGCAAUGUAUUAAAAAUGCUUAGGAGAGAA